CUGAAUGCGCCAACGACGCUCAGUGCGGUCGACAACUGUAAGGGUUCUAUAUAAUAGCACUCCAUUUGAACCGUCCAAAGUGUGUGUUAUAAAGCAGAGCCGGUACACUCACAGCGCGCGGUCCACCGGCUCGCGAACGCGUGUGUUUUCGUACUAAUGAGAAAUGGUUAUAGAACGCGCGUCGUGUGCUGUGCCGUGUCCUGAGUGUAGCUGUAUCGUCCUGACUGUUGAGUUUCAUGUCCUUUCGUAAAUCACCUGGAUUUGUAUUUUUUUAAAACAAAGUAGAUGUUAGUAAGAUGGUGAUUGAUCGACUGCAUAAAAAAACCAAGUUCGCUGCUUAAUUUGCUGACAGUAGCUUGAUUAUCGUUUGUGUGAUAAGUUUGUAAAUACUGUUCAAGAUGAGGCUUAUCAAACCAAACUGGGUAACUCACGAUGGAUCUCCUAUUUUCUCAAUUGAUAUUCACCCUCACAGUAAAAAAUUUGCCACAGGAGGAUCUGGCGGAGAUGCUGGUCGAGUGGUUAUAUGGAAUUUGGAGCCAGUCGUUGAUGAAAAAAAAGAGAUGGAUCCUAAUGUUCCUAAAAUGUUAUGUCAAUUAGAUAAUCAUUAUGCUUGUGUAAAUUGUGUACGUUGGAAUGCUGAUGGACUAUUAGCUUCUGGAGGGGAUGAUAAAUUAAUUAUGAUAUGGAAGUUGUCAAAAUUUGGAGGAGGCUCAGUUUUUGGUUCUACAAAAACAAACGUUGAAACAUGGAAGUGUGUGAAAACUCUCAGAGGGCACGCGGGUGAUAUUUUAGAUUUGGCUUGGGCUCCGAAUAAUGUUUGGUUAGCAUCUGCUUCUGUAGAUAAUACUGUUAUUAUUUGGGAAACAAAUUCUGCAACUAUUGUUAGAGUAAUAAAAGGACAUACAGGUCUUGUCAAAGGGGUUUCUUGGGAUCCUAUAGGAAAAUAUUUAGCAUCUCAAUCAGAUGACAAAACACUAAGAAUUUGGAGCACAGCUAAUUUCAGUGAAGAAAAAAUUAUAACUGAGCCUUUUAAAGAGUGUGGUGGAACAACACAUGUACUUAGGCUUUCAUGGAGUCCUGAUGGUCAGUAUUUAGUUUCCGCUCAUGCGAUGAAUGGCGGUGGUUCAACUGCCCAAAUCAUUGAUCGUAAUGGGUGGGAAGUAGACAAGGAUUAUGUGGGGCACCGAAAAGCUGUUACUUGCGUCAGAUUCCAUCAACGUAUAUUGGCGAGAGACAAAAAACAUUACUGUGUAGCAGCUUUAGGCUCAAGAGAUAGAUCUAUUUCAAUUUGGUCAACAGCUUUAAAACGUCCACUGGUUGUUGUUCAUGAAUUGUUUGUAGCAUCAAUAUUAGAUAUUAGUUGGUCACAAACAGGAUUAUGCUGUUGUGCUUGUUCCAAAGAUGGAACAACAGUUUUUAUUCAAUUCAAUCAUGAUGAACUAGGAGAACCAUUAGAUCCAGCAAGUCAAUUAAAGCUCCAAGAAAAUAUUUAUGGUAAACAAACAAAAGGGAAAUUUUUGAUUAUUGAAGAUCCUUCAUUAUACCAAGAAGAAUUGCCAGAACCGCGUCCAUUAGAAGAUCUUUUUAAACCACCAAUAUCUUCAGUUAAAUCAAAUAAUGUUUCUUCAGAACAGCCUUCAUCAAUUCCAAAAGGACCUAUAAAUAAACAAAUUGAAACAAAAACCAAAGAUGGAAAAAGAAGAAUAACACCUAUGUUUAUACCUGUUACACCUGAUAUGGAAGAAGAUAUGGAAAAAGUCACUUCAUCUGAAGCAGAGAAACCUUUUUCAAGCAGUUCACAAGCAAAAAGUUCUAUUGUCAUAGAAAAGAGAGAUGAAGUAAAAGAGGGACCUGAGUUAGUGUCUGUAAUUGAUGAAACUCCUGGAUUAUCAGAAAAAGCUAGAAAAAUAUUACCACCCAUGAGUCCAACGCCAACGGAUUCAAAACAACCAAACUUGAGUGAAGGAUCAGAUAGUGUUCAACCAAGAGUUGCGCAAUUACGUAGAGAGGCAGAUGAAAUAUUUCCACGACUAAAACCAAAAGACAAUUUGGGAGCAUCUUAUGGAAAACUUGUGUUAACAGCAUUAUAUAAAGAUGAAUUAACACUUCUACAAUUAUGUCAAGAAACGACUGCAAGUGAGAAGUGGUAUCAUUAUCUUGGGUAUCGUCCUACUGCAGUAGCUGUAACAAGUUUGCUAGCAGUAAUUACUUUAGAGGAUGGCUCUGUACAUAUAUUUUUAACUCCACGAGGAGUCCGUGCCGUUCCUCCGAUAAUUCCUCCCGCACCACUUUCAAGAUUGCACGCAUCUGGCAAUAAGGUCAUGGUGAUUUCUUGUAAUGGAGAAGUUCGCGUAUGGGAAGUUAAAGGAGCUUAUGAUUGUAAAAUCACCAUUAAAACAAACGCUAGUCAUUUAGUGGCUCCAAAAUCUUCCUUAUACGCUUGUCAAUUACAUAAUGGUAUGCCGUUCCUUGUUUUUUCCUCUAAUCGAGCAUAUGUGUACAGUAAAGAUAUGGAAACAUGGAUGUUAAUCGGUGAUAGCGAGGACCCGAUAUGGCGAUGGGCUUCUUUAACUUCUUUAGGAAAACUUGCUGGCGAGCGAAAGCCAGCUGAUGGAACUUUAGCACAACUUCAAGAAGGUCUAAAUACCUUGAAUGGAAAGCAUGUGCCCAAACUUAAAUUUUCUAGUGGGGCAGAAACUUUGGUGUCAUAUUAUGGUCUGCAAGCAUUGACUGCCCGGGCUUUGGGUAGUUCUUUAGAGUUCGGCUAUUGGACGAACGUUUAUGUUAACUACCUUUGCACUCACGAUGAGACAGAUAAACGAAUUCGAAUAGUAUUAGAUGAAUUGUUAGGUCCAUCUCAUAGUAUGGCACAUCUGAGUAAUUGGGAUCCGAAAAUUUUGGAUCUUGAAAAACAUAAGCUCUUACGAGAAGUUAUGCACAUUAUCAAGCAACAUCCGCGUUGGCAAAGGUUGUACAUAGAAUAUAAUGAACAAUUAGAAUUUGUCAGUAAGUUACGUGCAGAACACGUCAAUGGGGAUACUAAAAAUUCUCAAGCAGAAAAUGAGAUAAAAGUGUAAAAAUUGUUAAUUUUAUAAAAUAAAAUUCGUAUCUACUUAAGAUUGUACAGUAUGUUUUAAUGAGCAUGAAUGGGAUGAACGGAUCGAUCGUUCAACUAUUAAAACAACUAUUAUUCCUAUUUUGUUUUGAUAAUUAUAUGUUACUGGAAUGUUUUGUUCGUGAAUGUAGUCAAAUCAUUGAGUAUUACGACAGGUUUAUUUAAACGAUAUUUAUUUUCAAUAAUAAAUUUAUUCACAAUCAGAAUAAUGCAUUAUUUAUGUGUCAACACUAAUGCUCCUCAUAUUUUUUUCUCAUAUAAAAAUACAUAAUCAAGCUCAACAUACUAAUAACAAACUAUAAUGAAUUGAGGGAGCAUAACUGGCCAGCUUACGCUAUAAUAAAAAUUUUAUCUGUGAAUCGACUGUUGCAUUAGAAAAUAAAUGAAAUUUGCUUAAUCUGUGCGCUUGGACUUGCCGUUCAUUCUCAUUUUCAUCGCACAUGAUGCUAAGAACGAUAUUGAAUUUACAAACUUUGCCAGAUAUAGCACCCUAUUUAUUGAAAUAAAUCGUUCAAUUCGAAUUUUUAUUCCAUCCAUAAUUUAUCUCACAAAAUACGUCCGAGUAAUAAAUUUAUGAUGAAAUAAUUAUUUUAGCCCGGCAACUUAAACUAAAACACUUAGUUAAAUUAAUUUUAAAUUCUCGGAUAAAAUUUGAAUUCAAUCAUGUUAGGCUCACUUAUUGUUUUAAAAAAAUCAAUCGAUCCAGAGUAGUUCCUCGGAAAAAAUAUGAAAUUAACUUUUAUUAUUUACGAUAAUAUACUUAAAAUAUGAUACAGUUGUAUACAUGAAAAAUGUAUAAAUAUCUUUGCGUGUAUUGCACAAUAACAGUGUCUUUUUGUACAAACAGUUCGUAAAACUCAAAACGUACCUCAUUUUUAGUUCUUUUUUGAUUUGGUCCAUUUUCUAUAUAUUUUUCGUUUAUAUUUUAUGUACAAAAGUUCAUCACCACUCGACAAACACGCUCGCAUUUUUAAAAAAGAA